AUGGCUUCGCUCUUCUCUUGGCUGCUUGGCCGGUCUCCUCAGGGACCACCUGUAUUCCCAGACGAUGAGGUGUUGCCAAUGCACCCGUUCGACGAUACGGCCACUCUACGUGAUUAUACUCUAAUAUGGACCUUUCGCUACGAUGAAGUCCUCGAUGCCGACAUGCUAGGAGACAGCCUGUCUCAGCUCUUUCAGAUGGAGGGAUGGCGCAAGCUUGGAGGAAGACUUCGCUUACGCCCGGAUGGGAAAACCGAAGUUCACGUCCCUCGUGAGUUCACAACAGAACGGCCAUCUCUCCAUUUUACAAAGGAGCAACAUGACAUCACCAUGGCCGAACACCCAGAGGCAUCUAAACUUCCAGCCUCCACAACAGAGCCCACUACGUUUCCAGGCGCUCGCAAUUUUGCCAGCUUGGCCUUGGGUCCUGGCGCGCCUAGAACUAUCCAGGACUACUUUCAGAAGGACGUGCCGCAGUUUUCUCUGCAUGUCGUGACCUUUACUGAUGGCACUCUGGUCUCUAUCAACUUUAACCACGUCUCUAGCGAUCUUGGCGGUUUAAAGGCAAUUUUCAAGGCCUGGCAGAGCAUUCUUGCCGGCAAGCCAGAGGAAGUUGCGCCUUUUGUUGGAUACAAAGAUGAUCCUAUGGCAGGUCUCUACAACGAUGAGACUACCGCCAAGCCCACCCUCGCAGACACUCAGCUCACAGGUUGGAGAAUUCCCGUGUGGGCGUUGAGACAUCUGGUCGAAACUUGGUGGAAGGGUCUCGACGCACGCAUCAUCUGUAUCCCAAAGAAAGUCAUCGACGCCAUUGUCCAAGAAGCAAAGGAUCAUAUUGCUCUCAAGGGAAACGCUGAUCUCUUUGUAUCCGAAAACGACGUCAUCAUGGCAUUCUGCAACAAGAUGGUGGCCAGUGGUCUGGCUUCUUAUCGUCACAUUGCCAAUCUCCUCGUGAUCGACCCUCGAACUCGGGUCAAGUCCGUGUUUCGCGAUGAUACAGCCUAUGUGCAGAAUAUCACCUCCUCUGCCAUCUUCCUCUGCCAGGCGGGCGAAGCACUCACUGCGCCGACUGGAGAGAUAGCCCUCAGGUCUCGGGCAGCCCUUGAUGAACAGUGCACGGAGGAGCAACUCAAGGCGACCACAAAGUAUGCCUACCGAUCCAUGAUGGACGCAGGAAACCCGCUCGUGCUGGGCAAAGAUGUCAGCUCUGUCCUCAUGGUGGUGUCCAACUGGAGCAAGGCCGGAUUCCUAGACAAGUUUGACUUUAGUCCAGCUAUCGUCAAGCCCUCGCAUAAGAAAAGGCCAGGGGCCAAGCCGGGACACCCUGUGUACUACCACUCGCAGUCCCUGGGAACGGGUAUGGUUACUAUGAAUAUGGUUACCAUCAUGGGCAGGGACUUGGAGGGUAACUUGUGGCUAUCGGGAGAGUUUUCUGGUCCCACUUGGACUUCAGCGUUGGAGUAUUUCCGAUCCUACAUGUAA